AUGACUGCAGGUAUCCCGUAUGGAGAUAUGGCCUACACUAUGUCCCAAGGAUUCGCAUCGGUUGGUGCAAACAGCGGGCACAACGGAACAUCUGUCAAAACGCUGCUUAACAACAUAGAGUCGACUGCGGACUUUUCAUAUCGAUCAGUGCACACUGGAGUUGUUAUCGGGAAAAAGAUUACCGAAAUAUUCUAUGGCCAACCUCAUACCAAGUCAUACUACCUUAGGUGCUCCAUGGGGGGACGCCAAGGUUUCAAAGAGGCACAAGACUUCCCAGCCGACUUUGAUGGCAUCAUCGCCGGGGCUCCAGCACAUGCCCUGGGCAACCUGACCUCCUGGACUGGCCACUUUUACCCACUCACUGGCAACGUCACCAGCCCCAGGUUUGUUCCCAAGGCCAUGUGGCCUAUCAUUAAGCGUGACAUAUAUACCCAGUGUGAUGGACUCGAUGGAGCUGUCGACGGAGUCAUUGAAACCGCCGAGUAUUGUCGCUACGAUCCAAGCGGCCUCGUUUGCAAAGACGGGCAAACAAAAGACUGUCUCACCGAGGAGCAAGCAGAAACUGUCAGAAAGAUCUACAGCCCUCUCUUUGACAGUCAUGGCAACUUUGUCUACCCUGCCAUGAACCCUGGCUCCGAGGACAGCACGGCGUCCAUAUGGUUCACCGGCGCCCCGGUAUCCUUGUCAUACGAGCUGAUUCGACUAUCCAUGCUUCUGGGCCGAGAACCCUUUUGGGUUCAACUCCUGGAAAGGCAUCUCAGCCCUUUCCGCAACCGAGGCGGGAAAGUGAUCACCUACCACGGCCAGAUGGACUCCAUCAUCACGUCUGGAAUUUCAGAGACAUACUACGAGCACGUCUCUAGAUCCAUGCAGUCCUCUCCGAAGGAGCUGGAUGAGUUCUACCGCUUCUUCAGAAUCGGUGGUAUGAAUCACUGUGCUCUGGGUUCAGGGGCAUGGAACUUUGGACAGUCAGGUCCUACCACGUACAUGGACGCCGACCACAACGUCCUUGCUGCCAUCGUCCGUUGGGUAGAACAGGGUAUCGCACCCGAGGCGCUCACAGGGACAAAAUACAUCAACGAUACGGUCAGUCUAGGCAAGUAA